AUGAAAUCGGCGAAAGACAUGAAUGCAGAUGAAGUUUUUCUCAAACAAGCGGCAGAAGCUAUAGCGGUAACCUCAUCGACGCCUUCCAAUACGGACCCCAUAAUACAUGAACUACUACAGAGGAUUCGACAGUCCAGUCCACUAAGCGCCGUCAUACCACCACAGGAAAAUAUUUCAAACCUAGAAGCGCCAGAAAAUAUCACGAGAGGGCUCAUAAAGGACCCAGAGACGCAAACAAAAAAUUCCGGAGAAAGUACUCACGGCAAAGAGUACUCGCAGCUUUACAGUUGUGCGAAAUGCCGGUUGAAAUUUAGCAGAAGUUCAGAUCUGAGGAGACACGAGAAAGUGCAUUCGCUGGUACUGCCCCACAUCUGUUCAAAUUGUGGCAAGGGAUUUGCCAGAAAAGAUGCUCUGAAAAGACAUUCCAAUACACUGACCUGUCGGCGAAACAGGAAGAAAUUAUGUGAAGGUUCAGACGUUGAUGUAGAUGAGCUCAUCAAGGAUGCGAUAAAGAACGGUACCGGCUUGUUGUAA